AUGGCACAGGAACUUGACUUCAGCUCGCCGCCAAACCGCCAUUCUUGGACCGACGGCCAGCGAAUAGUGCUUUGUUUACUCCGAAAGUACUACAAAAACAAAUGGGAUGAUCUAGCAAGAAUAUUCAACAGAGUUUUUGCAAGAGAGUUGAGCUUAAGUGGAUACUUUCAAGGAAUGCCUACAAGGGUAAUCCACUCGCAGUACCACACAAUGCAGCACAAGAAAUUCCCAGUCUGGACGAAGAUCAACUCUUCCUCGUCCUUGGCAAAGAGGGAAUACGAUCUCCUUUUCUUGAUUAUCACUACGGCUCGCGGUCUAGGAGUGACACUUAUCAGAAAUAACCAGCACACGCCAGUGUUCAUCCAACCUUCUGGACAUUCCUUCGUUGAACCAACUGAAAAUCCUGUACAGAGACUUGAGAUAUCUAAGAGGCAAGAACAGGAGCCACCAGCAGAUUUUUCAACAUUUUCACCAGCUUCCGACGGAGUCAUUCCCGAGGAUGAUAGGAGCAGUUCUUCAACCACUCCCAAUUCACCCAACUCCACGUUAAGAAUCCCUCAACCUGACAGCAUGUCCCCAGUGCAGAACGGAAAGCCCUAUCUUGCUUUUCGAUAUUGGAGCUCAAAAAGCUGUGGCAUGAACACUUGCUCGUACUUUGUUGCGGGUAUAUGGGCAAAUCGACCGAACCACAUGUCACAGCCAAAUUUCGAUCCACUUGUUAUCGAGUCCCUGGCCCGGUCACAUCUUACAAGAUGCAAAGUCAAAACACCAUUUAUCUCUGUGUUUGACACCCCACUAGCCCCGCUUCAGCGCGCACUUCAGGAAGAUGACGGGAUGAUAACAGUUUUUGAUCUCUCCUCCUUUGAUAAUACGCGGAUCUUCUCCGCCGUGGAUAUCCUUAAGCAUGAACCCUUGAUCCUAGAGAGCCAUGAACGCCCAUACAGUGGAUACAGCGAAUUCCUUAUCUGGGGUGAUAUAUCCUCAGAGCAUAUCGUUGGAUCCGUCAGAGCUAAAGAUCUCCUGGAUCUUUCUAGUCGCUAUGAGGAGCUUUUGCAAAUAUCAACCAUCAAAUCAUUCCGUUUGAAUGGAAAACCUUUGAAAAGACGAUUGAUUGCUCAGAAAACACCAGCAAAUAGAUCCACAGGAUAUCUUUUAGGACGACUUCUCUGCAAAGCUAAAUUUCCUCAAAAAUAUGCAAGUGAGCUGGCCAUCAAGAUCUCAAAAAGCUGGAGAUUCCAAAUGGAAGGAGAUGAUGGGUUUCAAUUGCUCUCCAAAGGGGUCCAGGCAGGGUACGAUUCAAUACGAAAAUCAAGUAACCGACAUAGCCAGUGGAGCCAUAAGCAUUGCUCGCAAGCCUCUAGUACAGAUGACGGCUGGGAGUUUGUAGAACCCUCUGACAAUGCAGACUGGGUUGAUGAAGAUUGCAGUCUGAGCCCCCAAGAGCAAAUCGAUGUAUUCGCCAAGAGCCGAAAUCAUAUUGCAAAUGUUAUGGGAUACUAA